AAAGUACCAAGAUUAAGAUAAUCACGUUCCGAUAUACAUUGUCAGCGCUGAAAAUCUAUAGCUCAUGUCGCGUGUAUUAUGGAUUUUUAAUAAAGUGACAUAUCGGAACGUGGCCUAUAUUAGUAUCGAGAAAAAUAGGAGAACGUGGAGACAUCGCCCACGUUCUCAGCGGAAUUCCUAUCGAUUGACGCGUCAACAUCUGCAAUCGACGCGUGGUAUUCGUAGAUCGCUAACGAAGAUCUCUGCGAGAGAAUCAGCGCGGCCGAUACGACAGUUCGAUAAAAGACACUCUACCGGUCAGCAUCGGAAGCGCGACGAGCGAUUGCUCUACGUAUUUUGGACGAUCGUCGUCGACUUGUCGCUCAGUUGACAUCGGCCCAGCGGUCGUGGAUCACUGGUAUCUGCACAUUGGAGAGGAUAAUGCGCCACGCGAGAUCCUAGUGUCAGGCUACCCGUUUGGCGUGAAUCCGAGGCGAGAGAGUCCGACGUGUCCCUUUAACUCGCAGUUUUCUCGAAAGAGAAAAUCGAGGAGCUGAUAGACGAUGGCGUCGCUCAGAUUGUUGGUAGCUGGAGCGAGUGCCGUGGCUACCGGUACCCUUACUUCAUACUUCCUCUUAUCGGACACCACGGUACACGCCGAGGUCAAGGGGAAGCCAAGGCCGCCUCGGAGGACCUUGCCGACGCGAGAGGAUCAGCUGAAGACUCUGAAAUCGCAGGACUACGACGUGCUGAUAGUCGGAGGUGGCGCGACGGGGGCAGGAUGCGCUCUGGACGCUUGCACACGCGGCCUGAAAACCGCGUUGGUCGAAGCCGACGACUUCGCGUCCGGCACGUCGUCCCGCAGCACGAAGCUGAUCCACGGCGGCGUGCGAUACCUGCAGAAAGCGAUCAUGCAGCUGGACGUCGAGCAGUACAGAAUGGUGAAAGAGGCGCUUCACGAGCGCGCGUCGAUGCUGGAGAGCGCGCCGCAUCUGGCGCAUCCACUGCCCAUUAUGCUGCCGGUUUACACAUGGUGGCAGAUACCCUAUUACUGGUUCGGCAUUAAGAUGUACGAUCUGGUAGCCGGUAGCAAAACGGUCAAAUCGUCGUAUUACUUGAGUAAAUCGAACGCUCUGGAACUUUUUCCGAUGCUGAAAGGCGACAAACUGACGGGAGCUAUUGUCUAUUACGACGGCCAGCAAGAUGACGCUAGGAUGAAUCUGGCGGUCGCUCUAACGGCUUCGAGACACGGGGCGACGGUCGUAAAUCACGUUAAAGUAGUCAAUCUAUUGAAAGGUCUCGACAGAGAUGGCAAGCGAGUCCUUACAGGAGCUCACCUUAGAGACGAACUCACGGGAGAGGAGUGGGAUGUAAAGGCCAAGGCGAUAAUUAAUGCGACCGGCCCCUUCACCGAUCACAUCAGAAAGAUGGACGAUCAAAAUGUCCCGACUAUCUGCUCUCCGUCUUCCGGCGUUCACAUAGUGCUGCCAGGCUAUUAUAGCCCCGACCAAAUGGGUCUGCUCGACCCAGCGACGAGCGACGGCCGGGUGAUCUUCUUUUUGCCGUGGCAAAAGCAAACGAUCGCAGGAACGACCGAUUUGCCUUGCGAGGUGACGCACAACCCUCGGCCCACGGAGGACGAGAUCAUGUUCAUUCUGCAGGAGGUGAAAAACUACCUGAAUCCGGACGUUGAGGUGCGCCGCGGCGACGUUCUCUCCGCGUGGAGCGGCAUCAGGCCGCUCGUUUCCGACCCGAACAAACCGAACACGCAGUCGCUCGCCAGGAAUCACAUCGUGCACGUCAGCCCUACGAAUCUCGUCACGAUAGCGGGCGGCAAGUGGACGACCUACCGAGCGAUGGCUCAAGAAACCAUUGACGCGGCGAUAAAAGCUUGCGACCUAGAACCAGAGAGACCUUGCCAGACCGACGGCUUUCUUCUGGAGGGUGCUCAGGGCUGGAGCCCGACGAUGUACAUUAGAUUGGUGCAGGAUUUCGGCCUGGAGUGCGAGGUCGCGCAACAUCUGUCCAAGAGCUACGGGGAUCGCGCGUUUGCCGUGGCUAAAAUGGCCUCGCUCACGGGGAAGCGGUGGCCCAUCAUCGGAAAGAAGAUACAUCCGGAAUUUCCGUACAUCGACGCCGAGAUACGUUACGGUGUGCGGGAGUACGCUAGGACCGCGAUCGACAUGAUCGCGCGCCGAUUGCGACUCGCUUUCCUCAACGUCCAAGCGGCCCAAGAGGCGUUGCCGGGCAUCAUAGACAUCAUGGCCGAUGAGUUGCAGUGGUCGGCGGAGGAGAAGAAGAAGCAGCAUCGCGAGGCGAGCGAGUUUCUCGCACACGAGAUGGGUCAGAUGGUGAACCGUGUUUCCCGCGACAAGAUUCCGAUCAAUCUCACCAAGGAGGAGAUCCAGCUCUACAUCAAGCGCUUCCGCAUUAUAGACAAGGACAAGAAGGGAUACGUGUCUAUCAAUGACAUUAGGCGAGGACUGAAGGUAUUAGGUAUAAAUAUGACCCACGAAGAGAUGCACAGCUUGUUGAGUGAAAUUGAUGUCACUUACAAUGGCCAAAUGGAAUUACAAGAUUAUCUGCAGAUGAUGUCAGCUAUAAAGUCUGGCCAUGUGGCGUAUUCACGUUUCGCGCGGAUGGCUGAGCUGGAGGAGGCGCAGCAUGAAAAGGAGAUGCUCAAGAAACAAAUAAGCGUCGAGAGAUCAGGUGGAGGGCUAUAAUGAAAUUUAUCCCUGUGAAAUUUGAACUUUCGAAUAUUUUUAUCUUAUUUUUGACUUGAUAAGUUUCAUUUUCGCCUAUUUAUUUAAGAAUAUCAGUUUCGAUCGAGUCGAAACGAAAAGAAUUAAUCUCUUGCGAAGUGGAACUUCAUUGCAAACAAUAGUUAAAAAAAAAUAUAUAUAUAUAUUAAUCUACAAAUACGUCUCGUAUUAAGUAAUUCGCAACACACGAGUUUUUGCACGUCCGUCGCGCAGAUUUUUAUCGAUAAGUAAUUGAAGUCAACAAUUGCGAGGAAAAGAUUUUAAAUUGUGCAUAGAUCCCGGUUUCGACGUGCGUGUACUUAUUUGUAUGUAAUAUCUAUAUUAUGUACAAAAAACGCAGAGCAUCCGCAUUCUUUCUAUUUGUAUAUAUACAGCCGAUGCCGAUGCAUCAUACAAUUGUAUUCUCUUGUAUACUCUCGUAAAGUAUGCUUAAGAGUGUACUUUGUGUAACGUUGGAACUUUACUAUCCUAAAAAUUGCCUCAACAUUCAUAGUAUUUAUAGCAUAACCAACUAUGUACAUUAUGUAUUAUUUAACUCACAAGAGUAACUCUUUCUCUCUCCAGUACUAAAUGUUUUUGCUUCCUGCAAAAUUGUGAAUAUAGCGUUGCUGUAAGAUAUGCUUGGGGUACGUCAUUUUUCAAAAAAAUUUUGUCACAUCUGAUCUUCGAAAAUGAGCCAGUACGAACUAUAGGAAUUCUACUGCUAUCCUUUGUAUCAUUACUAAUUUACUGAAGACUGUACAGACUACAGAUAUACAGAGAAAUCAUCUAAUUUAUUAUCACGUGUAACAUGACACAGUGACAAGAGCACCUGUAAUUUAUCUCAUCGUGUCUUUAUCAUCAUAUCAAUAAAACUGAUGACAUAAUUUGUAGUACA